AUGGUGUGUUUGGUUGUUGUUAUGUUGGUGUGUUCAGCUUUGGCUCAGAGAGGUGCUACUAAAGAGAGACAAACCGGCAGGUUGCUUGUGGUGCCGAUGGAUGGUAGUCAUUGGACAGGGUUGAAGGCGGUGGCAGAGGAAAUGGGUCGCAGAGGCCACUCUGUGCUGGUGCUGAUACCAGAAGUCAGCAUGCGUUUGGACUCUGGGAAACAUUACAGCACCAAAAAGUUUGCUGUGCCCUAUAAGAAGGAUCUAAUCAACAAAAUAACAGCAGGCAUCACCCAUCAACUGAGUGGCACUAAUGAAGGUCUGAUUGAGAGAGUCUCAGAUCACCUAAACCACAUCAUGACCAUAAUGAACUUUAUGCUUUCUACCUCUGAAAGUAUAUUUUUUAACGAGGAGCUGAUGGAGUUCCUAAGGAAAGAGGAGUUCGAUGCAGUACUGACAGACCCAGUAAUGCCCACCGGCGCAAUCCUUGCCUUCAAUCUGUCUCUACCCGCGGUCUACAUGCUUCGUGGGAUGCCAUGCGGGAUGGACGCCAAAGCAACAGGCUGUCCCGACCCCCCAUCCUACGUCCCCCGCUUUUAUACCAAACACACCGACCGCAUGUGCUUCAGCGAGCGGGUUGUGAACACGUUAGUGUAUUUUUUUGAGCCCGUCAUGUGUAAGCUGUUUUGCUGGCAGUUCGAGGACGUGGCGUCGCGGUUCAUGCAGCGCAGUGUGAACCUGAUGGAGAUCCUGAACACGGCUGCGGUUUGGUUACUGAGGUCUGACUUCACCAUGGAGUUCCCCAAACCGCUGGCACCCAACAUGGUGUUAAUCGGGGGAUUGAACUGUGCUGUCAGCAGCCCUCUGGAGCCUGACUUGUUAAAGUUUGUAGAAGAAGCAGAACAUGGAAUUAUUGUUUUCUCACUCGGCACUUUAGUGCCCAAGAUACCCGAGGAGAAAGCUGCUAUUUUCUUCCAGGCAUUUAGCAGAAUUCCUCAGAGGGUUCUGUGGCGAUACACAGGUAAAUAUUCAGAAAAAGUUCCUGAUAAUGUAAAGCUGAUGAACUGGAUUCCACAAAAUGAUCUGCUUGGUCACCCUAAUACACGGGCAUUCAUCACUCACGGUGGCACACACGGCAUCUACGAGGGAAUCUGCCACGGCGUUCCGAUGCUUAUGAUGCCACUCUUUGGCGAUCAGGGUGAUAACGUUCACCGAACGGUCUCUCGUGGAGUGGGCGUGGCCUUGAACUUUUACAAUAUCACAGUUGACGUGCUGUUAGAUGCCCUUCAUGACGUCAUCAAUAACAGCAGUUACAAAGAAAGAAUGAUGAAACUAUCAGCUCUUCAUAACGAUCGUCCAGUACAGCCGCUGGAUCUCGCAGUCUACUGGACAGAAUACGUAAUGAGGCAUAAAAGUACAGACCAUCUACGAUUGGCUGGGCAUGAUCUUUAUUGGUUCCAGUAUCACAGUCUGGAUGUUAUUGCAUUCCUGCUGGUCGUCGUGGUGAUUGUUAUAACAGCGAUGAUUAAAUGUUGUGCAGUAAGUUUGAGAUGCUGCAGGAAACUACAGAAGAGAAAACAGGAGUGAAUUUGAACGAAACACAUCACUUUACUGUAAUUAGUUAUUGUGUGAUUAAAAGAACACUGUGUCUGAUGUCUCACGAUGAUUAUUAGUGUUGAAUGUGCAUUUUAUA